AAACUCUUGAAUUUUAUUUUUACUUCUUUUUGCAGCCAAGAGAUUAAGAAAGUUAUACGCUUAAUUGUAUCAUCUUUCAUAAUCAGAAUAUUUGGAAUCUUGCUCGUCUUUGUGGACAUGUCUCUUAUCAUCGCAGAUCAAUUCAUCUCUGAUAGCAAAGUGUAUAUUCCUUUGGAAUAUCGUUCAAUUUCUUUAGCUAUUGCUUUAUUUUUUUUAAUGGAUGUUCUUCUUCGAGUAUGUGUAGAAGGGAUGCAACGAUAUUUCUCUGAUUUACUUAACUCCUUAGAUGCUGUCAUUAUUCUGCUGACUCUACUGAUUGAUAUAAUUUACAUUUUUUAUGACUUCAGUUAUUUUAAUGAUAUCCCCAGAUUGGCAAUUAUAUUUCGACCUCUACGACUUAUCAUUCUGAUGAGAGUUUUUCAUCUGGCUUACCAAAAAAGACAUCUUGAAAUACUGACCAGAAGGAUGGUUUCAGGAAACAAACGGCGAUACAGGAAAGAUGGAUUUGACUUAGACCUCACUUACAUUACUGGGCGUAUUAUUGCCAUGUCAUUCCCAUCUUCUGGAAAACACUCUUUCUAUAGGAAUCCCAUUAAGGAAGUUGUGCGGUUCCUGGACACCAAGCAUCGAAACCACUACCAAGUCUACAAUCUAUGCAGUGAAAGAUCUUACAAUCCUAAGCAUUUCCACCACAGGGUCCAUCGAGUCAUGAUUGAUGAUCACAAUGUGCCCACUCUAAAAGAGAUGCUGACUCUUUCGAAGGAAGUCAUUGAGUGGAUGGCUGAGGAUAAAAGAAACAUUGUGGUGAUUCACUGUAAAGGCGGAAAAG